GUUAGUCAAAUUUCUGUGUUUCUAAAUCGUGUAGUCACUGUGGGAAGCUAGAGGUGGUUUUUAAAAGCUGAGAAGUGUUUGCAAGUUCUCACAGUUAGAAAUAUACUACAACACCUUCACAAUGUCUAUUAUGAACUAUAAUGGAGGGGCCGUCAUGGCCAUGCGAGGGAAGAACUGCGUGGCGAUAGCAGCAGACCGGAGAUUUGGCAUUCAGGCUCAGAUGGUCACCACAGAUUUCCAGAAGAUCUUCCCCAUGGGAGAGAGGCUGUACAUUGGGCUUGCUGGACUGGCCACUGAUGUUCAGACAGUAUCCCAGAGGCUUAAAUUUAGACUAAACCUGUAUGAGCUGAAGGAGGGUCGCCAGAUCAAGCCCAAGACCUUCAUGAGCAUGGUCUCCAACCUGUUGUAUGAAAGGAGGUUUGGGCCGUACUACAUCGAGCCUGUGAUUGCAGGACUAGAUCCCAAAACCUUGGAGCCAUUCAUCUGCUCCCUGGAUUUGAUUGGCUGCCCCAUGGUGACAGAAGACUUUGUUGUGAGCGGCACCUGCUCAGAGCAGAUGUACGGCAUGUGUGAAUCUUUGUGGGAGCCGGACAUGGAACCAGACGAUCUGUUUGAGACCAUCUCCCAGGCGAUGUUGAACGCAGUUGACAGGGAUGCGGUGUCUGGCAUGGGAGUCGUUGUACAUGUCAUUGAGAAAGACAAGAUCACCACACGAACCCUGAAGGCCAGGAUGGACUAGGGCUUCUGUUUCUUCCCACACUUGACCAACACGUUUUGUAUAAAAAUAAUAAACAAUGCUUGUACUCUUUUUUUCUUAUUGAUAUUGUUCAAUAAACGUAGGUUUAAACAGUGAAA